AUGAUGGUGGAAUCCGCCUCAGAGACAAUCAGGUCGGCUCCGUCCGGUCAGAACGGCGUGGGGAGCCUCUCCGGGCAAGCUGAUGGAGGUGGCAGUGGUGGUGGGGCCGGGGCCACAAGCACGGCCGGAGGCGGUGCGGGCAGGGACACGGCUGCCGGCGGCGGCGCAGACAGCAACGGCGAGCUGAGCCCUGCGGAGCUGCUGCACUUCCAGCAGCAACAGGCUCUCCAGGUGGCCCGGCAGUUCCUGCUGCAGCAAGCCUCCGGCCUGAGCUCCCCAGGGAACAAUGACAGCAAACAGUCAGCCUCUGCUGUACAGGUGCCGGUGUCGGUGGCCAUGAUGUCGCCGCAGAUGCUCACCCCCCAGCAGAUGCAGCAGAUCCUGUCACCCCCACAGCUGCAGGCCUUGCUCCAGCAGCAACAAGCUCUCAUGCUCCAGCAGCUGCAGGAAUAUUACAAGAAGCAGCAAGAGCAACUCCACUUACAACUGCUCACCCAACAGCAGGCUGGGAAACAGCAACCCAAAGAGGCACUGGGGAACAAGCAGCUGGCUUUUCAGCAGCAGCUCCUGCAAAUGCAACAGUUGCAGCAGCAACACCUGCUCAACCUGCAGAGGCAGGGGCUGGUCGGCCUACAGCCCAGCCAGGCCUCGGGGCCCCUCCAGAGCCUCCCGCAAGCAGCUGUGUGCCCGACGGACCUGCCCCAGCUAUGGAAGGGUGAGGGUGCCCCCGGGCAGCCCGAGGACAGUGUCAAGCAGGAGGGGCUGGACCUCACUGGCACAGCCGCCACCGCUACCUCGUUCACCACCACCCCCAAGGUCUCCCCGCCCGUCUCCCACCACACCCUGCCCAAUGGACAGCCCACUGUGCUCACGCCUCGGAGAGACAGCUCCUCCCACGAGGAGACCCCCAGCUCCCACCCUCUCUAUGGACACGGAGAGUGCAAGUGGCCAGGCUGUGAGACGCUGUGUGAAGACCUGGGCCAGUUUAUCAAACACCUCAACACAGAGCACGCCCUGGACGACCGGAGCACAGCCCAGUGCCGGGUACAGAUGCAGGUGGUGCAGCAGCUGGAGAUCCAGCUCGCCAAGGAGAGCGAGCGGCUGCAGGCAAUGAUGGCCCAUCUGCACAUGCGGCCCUCCGAGCCCAAGCCCUUCAGCCAGCCGCUGAACCCAGUCCCCGGCUCCUCCUCGUUCUCCAAGGUGGCUGUCUCCGCAGCAGAUUCCUUCCCAGAUGGCCUUGCGCACCCCCCCACCUCAGCCGCCGCCCCCGUCACCCCUUUGAGGCCCCCAGGCCUUGGCUCUGCCUCCCUGCACAGCGGGGGCCCUGCCCGACGGAGAAGCAGCAGCGACAAGUUCUGCUCCCCCAUCUCCUCAGAGCUGGCCCAGAAUCAUGAGUUCUACAAGAACGCUGAUGUCAGGCCCCCCUUCACCUAUGCCUCCCUCAUCCGCCAGGCCAUCCUGGAAACCCCUGACAGGCAGCUGACCCUGAAUGAGAUCUAUAACUGGUUCACCAGGAUGUUCGCCUAUUUCCGGAGAAACACUGCCACCUGGAAGAAUGCCGUGCGUCACAACCUCAGCCUGCACAAGUGCUUCGUCCGCGUGGAGAACGUCAAGGGUGCUGUGUGGACCGUGGAUGAGCGGGAGUAUCAAAAGCGGAGACCACCAAAGAUGACCGGGAGCCCCACCCUGGUGAAGAACAUGAUCUCGGGUCUCAGUUAUGGAGCACUUAAUGCCAGCUACCAGGCCGCCCUGGCCGAGAGCAGCUUCCCCCUCCUCAACAGCCCUGGUAUGCUGAACCCCGGCUCCACCAGCAGCCUCCUGCCCCUCAGCCAUGAGGAUGUGGGCGCGCCCGUGGAGCCGCUGCCUAGCAAUGGCAGCAGUAGCCCCCCUCGCCUCUCCCCACCCCAGUACAGCCACCAGGUACAGGUGAAAGAGGAGCCAGCAGAGGUGGAGGAGGAUGGGCGGCCUGGGCCCCCCUUGGGCCCCCCCAACCCCAGCACUGCGGGGCCUCCAGAAGACAGGGACCUGGAGGAGGAGCUGCCGGGAGAGGAACUGUCCUAA